UAUUGAAUGAGUUUAACAUUUGAGAGACUAAAGAAACAAGAUUUGUUAUUAUCAGCAGUGUUAUAUGAGAAGAUUACAAAGGAGGAAUUAAUUCAACAUUUGAAUCAAGUGAAAGGAGAAUAGUUUGAUAUGAUUGAUUCAUGGGCUUAUGAGGCAUUAGAAGCAGAAGUGAAGAUUUUAAUAGAGAAAAAACAUGAAGAAUUCAGAAGGACAAGGUACAAUUAUAAAUACAAUAAGAACGAUGAGUAUGGAUGAAUACAUAGUAUAGAAACCAAAUGUGAUAAUAAAUGAUGAAAAGAAUUAUAGAGAAACAAUUUAAUGCAAAUAACUACCUCCUAAUAGGAUCGUACUAUAUUAUGUUGAGAAUCCACAAGUUGUCAUCUAACCAAGAAUAGCAGAAUAAAAGAUUAUUGAGGGGAAUGCUUUCACUCCAAAUUAUGUAAAUUAUUGCGUUGUUGUUGGAUAAUUUGGAUCCAAUGUCUGGAGAAGAGUUGAACACUUUUAUUGGUUACAAGAAGCUUUACAAUAAUAAUAUCCAGAUAGUCUGAUUCCUCCACUCCCUGCUAAAACUCUCUUUAGAAAGUUCACACCUGAACAUAUAUCCAAGAGAUCUAAAAUGUUGGAACAAUUUCUUAGUGCCAUUCUUAAUAAUCAUCUUCUAAGACAAUCUGAUUUUAUUGAAGGCUUUUUAUUUAUUGAAGAUGAUAUCAAAUUUAAAUAAUUAUAGGCUGCUUCCUCUGUUCUGAAAUAGCCAAAUAAAUAUACUGAUUAUGCCAAUUAAGAAGGAUAAGUCAUCUUAGAAUUCAAUCCUAUUAUGGAUAAAUACUUUUUAGAUAUUAAUAGGUAAUAUUCUCUAUAUAUUCUAUAAUAGUUACAUGUUAAACACUAAUGAUAUUUAUAAAGAGUUAACUGAUAAUUCCAGAUUUGUAGUUUCUUCCCUCAAGGAUUUCAUUCUUAAAGUCAAAAAUCUAAGUGGCAGUAUUGGAUCCUUAAAAGAAGCUACAAAAGCAUUCAAUCUUAAAAAUAUUGUUGGUAGUCUCCCUUUAUUAGAAUUUGUUUAUACAUUACUUGAAGAAUACUUUAAUGAUUGGAGUGCCAAUUUAACUAAAUUAGCUAAUACUUUAAAUGAAAAUCUAUAUGAAUUCUUUCGAUUUUAAAGGGAUAUGUAAAAUUAAUGUGUAGAAUUAAUCUCUAAUAGAAAUAAAGCUUAAUCUAAAUUUAUUAAAGAAUAAUAAGAUUUGAUGAAGAAGAAAUACAAAUACUUUACAACAGAACCUAUAGAAAAGUGGGAAAUGGUUACUGAAUUGGAUAAAAUUAAAAUUAAAUAGAGUUAGACUCUUUCAUAUCAUUUUAUGUUACCCAAAGAAACUCAAGAAGUUGAAGAAUUGAAAAUGAGAUUUGCAUAUAUCAAUAGAUAGGCAUAUCAAUAAAUAACUUAGUAUUUUGAUAAUAAAAGUAUUUCAUAUACUUCUAGAAUGUGUAAUAUGAGCAUAAGAAAAAAAGAAAAUGCUAUCUAACAUUCACAACAUGUUGAAAAGAUUGCUUAAUAAUUCAUGUAGAUUGUUGCUAUGAGAAAUGGAGAAAUACCCAAUCUUAAGUAGGAAUGGAUUGAUCAAUAUUUCAAUCCACUUAGAAUAAGUUUUAUUAUUAAGUGAC